AUGUCUCUGAAUAUUGUAUUUUGUAAGGUUUCACUGUAGCACCUGUAAGAACGAUAAACAAUUACCGAGGAUUAGUUUCAAACCUCUUUUCUUCCAUUUGCAACCUUUAUACAGCACCAGUUUCACUUACUUGAACAAUGCUUAUAGAAUGUAACUUACAGUUACCAUUAAUAUCAUUAUUAUUAUUAUUAUUAUUAUUAUUGUAAUUAUUAUUGUUAUUAUUAUUAUUAUUAUUGUUAUUGUUAAUGUUACAAUUAUGUAGGAGCAUCUAAUUUAUCAGAGCUUGUUUGAAUGAAGCCCUGACAUUGUUAAGUUUUCUUCAUGAGUGACCAGCUGUAGAUACCUUGUUAGAAGCCCCUUGUGGAAGGGACGGGAGGGGAGGGGGGUUACUUGGGAUAAUCUUUGUCGGGUCUCUGCCACCACUAGCCUCUCAGAGCCCCUACCCCAUUACAGUGGCCAUAUUAUAGACCCCAUCUUAGUCACUUUAGAAAAAACGUGAUCCCAACUUAGUGACUGUCUGUUUAUGCAUCUACCUUAUAACACCUUUUGAGCAGGUCAUCCAUAAAUUAACUGACAUGUUUGUUAAAUUUAAUGUGGUGUAAAUCUUCCUAAUACCUAAUUUUUCUGACCCCCAAAAUCCUGAAAACGUGUGACCCCAUUCUAUAACUCUUAAAUAAAAGAAAUAUAAAAGUCAAUCCAGUCGUGAAAAUACGACCCCAUCCAGCAGCACUACCUGUUAGCGUACUUCUAGGAAGUAAACCCCCUCCCUCCCCCCCUCCCCGGGCUGAAGUCUGUUUAGCCUCUAAGGUUUUUUGUAAGGGCAAAAACGAUAGAGGGUUCCCCCGAGGGAACUCAAGUGAAGCGAAUAUUAUAGGGACAUGUAUAAACUUAUAUUUAUGGAUCAGACAUGAAGCAGGGGUAAUUCGGUUUCAUAAACUUUUAACUGUAAGCUACAUCUCUUUGCUGAACUCUUAGUUUGUAGUAUCCUGCAUUGCAUGUCGUAAUUGCAUUGAUGUCUCGUCACAGAAAUGACAGAGUAAGCUGAGCUGACUAGCAUAUCCCUGUAGGAUAACAAGUAAAAACAUUAAUUUGUAACUAUUUUAUAUUAGAAAAUGAGAACUCAACAUCCAUUUUAAUGUGUAUAAAUAAUAAAAAAUUGCUUCACUUUUUUAGGCUGGGAGACACAUUUGGGCUCUCAAAGGACUGUACAAAGUAGUAACCAAAAGCAAUCCGCCGGACACUGAAAACGAGAGUGAAUUAUCGGGCCUGGAGCAAACGGAAGAAGAGACAACAAAGCAAGCGAAGGCCUUCAUAAAAGAAACAAAACUAAGAAGAUCUGAGAAUAGUUCUGGUUCUCGAUCAAUAAGCAGGAAAAGAAAAUUGCCCCAAAGUCACUCAAGAUCAAGGACCCCAAAAAUGAGCAAGGAAGAUAAUACAGACAACAGUCAAUCGGAAUCUUCAGAAAGUACAGAAAACAGCAAGAAAGAUAAUACAGACAGCAGUCAAUCGGAAUCGUCAGAAAGUACAGAAAGCAACGACGAGGAAGAUGACGAGAAGGAUGCGAAACCAAACAAAAGAAACAAAUUUCGUUGCCCUCUUCGCGGCUGUGGCUCCAAAGUAUAUAAGCUCCCUCGUCAUUUAAAGAAUGUGCAUGGCUGGAGUGCCGAAAGAGCCAGAAAUGCUGUUAAUCAAUUUGACAUGCGCCACGACCAACGAAACUCGAAGAAGCCAAAAGAAGUGAGGAAUAAGAGAAGGAGAAAAGUCUGUUGCGAGUGUGGGCGCAAGCAAAGGUAUCUAUCAAAACACUUACAGAAGCAGCACGGGUACAUACAAGGCACAAAGAGGUAUUGGAAGGCUCUUAAAGAAUCCCGGCCUGUCUAUCAGUCCAGUGCUUCUUUCGCUCAGAAUUUUGUCGAGAUAGAAGGUGACUCACCAGGUGAAGAAGCUACUGAAAAAAGUAACCAGUUCAAGGAGAGUAAAAAAUGCUGCACCUAG